AUGGGAGGUCCCUGGCAGGACGCGCAGCGGGGCAUUUUCCAGGCCUCGCACGUCGAGGUGAAGCUGGCGGCUCACGCCGUCCACGUCCUGUUGCGACUCUUUUCGCUUCCUGCAACCGCCGCCACCACUACCACCGAUGAGGGGGGAAGACCAACGGGCGAGGACGACGGCCAUGCCAUCGUCACGCGCCGCCGGCUGAUGGCGCUCCGCCGCGCACGCUGGAGUGACGGCUCGCGCCCUGCGUUUGAUAUCGUCUUCUCCCACAAGAGCUGCGUCACGUGUCGCCUGUUUGUGUCCCGCCUGUCCCGUCUCACGGGGAUCGAGAUGCGGCUUAUAUGGGGCCAGCGCCUGGUGCCGGCUGUAUACGCGCAGGGUAAGGGUCGCAAAGCCAAGUCGCCGGGAGACCCGUCCAUGCCGAGGAGUGGCGAUGGCCUUGAUUGGGAGGAUGAGAUGGACGUGGACGACGAAGACUACGAAGACGAAAAUGGCGAGGACGACGUGGAAACGAACGGCCAGGUCAUUGACUUGACCAACGACCCCGACCCCGACACAUCCGCUCCCGCUCCCGCUCCCUCCACCACCCUCAUAAAGGAUGAGAAGGACAGCAACGGCCAAGCCCUCAACACCGUGGCCUAG